AUGGCACUUGGCAGUCGCGCUGAUCAUCCCUGCAACUCGCCCUUCCUGAAGAAGCUCCCACGCGAGAUCCGCGACCGCAUCUACGAAGAACUGCUCGUCGUGCGCAGAGACCAGGAAGAUCAGGAGAAGUACGACGAGGUUCAACAAGGUCUUCAAGGACGUGCGCCGCUAUGGCAGUGCGAAUUCGCCCUGGACGAUCUCGACCAAGACUACAUGCUCUGCCUCGAUCUCACUCAGCCGAACAAGGGUGCCAAGUCAAUCAGUGAGAAUCUGGGGAUCCUUCUGGCCAACAAGCAGAUCUGGGAUGAGGCAACCGACACACUCUUUGGCAAGAACAUGUUUGGUGCCGUUCCUCAAGAAGAGCGUGUCGAUGCAUUCUGGCGUUGCAGCAUCGACUGCAAAGAUGUUCCCAAGGCAAGGCCUUGCCAAGUCCGACCCGAGACGGCCAUCAAGAUCAAGCACCUCUUCAUCAUCGUCGCCUUGAAGAAGGAGACUCCCACAAGCAUCCACAACGUCAGGACCAACCUCCACACCAUCGUCGACACCUUUCGCGAAUGCGGCAACCACUUCCUCACCCUCAAACUGCGCUACUGGGGCCAAUUCGGCGGCGAAGUGGAAUCCGUGCGCGAUGACAUCGAAGGUCCUCUCCAUCCCAACAUGUCUGUCCGUCCACCUGUCAUGAUCCACCACUGCGGCACCGGCAAACUGCACUCUUUCCGCCCGAAUGAGUUCGACACGAAGCUCUUCAAGAACAUCAAAAUUCUGGAGCCGCUGAAAAAGCUCAAGGGAAUCACUGAACAGAUUGACAUUCGCGGCGAUCUGCCCACGACAUACAUCAAUGAGCUUAUCAAGGUUCUCGCCGUCACGAAUCCCGGACCUGCGGCUAAGAGAGCACAGAAGGCCAAAGCUGCCGUCGCGAGCAAGCAGCCGAAACACACUGGUGGACUUCAAGCCUUCGCGGCGGAACAGCUGGCGAAGAAUCCAGACAUGGAUGCGGGAAUGCGGAAGCUCUACGAGGACUGCAUGAAAACUUCGAGGAAGUCGCCUGCCGUCAUGCGCAAAAUUUUCCCCGAGAUGUACGACGGCUCCAUGACUCCAGGCACGCCCAUCACCAUGCCCGACGACUUGCCUCCCGCCGCGAUGCAAGCCGCGACCGCGAUUGCUGCUGGCAGCGGCGUCGACGUCGUCAACGGCGCCUUUCUCUUGUUGCUCACGUGGGAUUACAUUGUGUUUCGGGUCUUGCUCGAAUGGUUUCUGACCAUCUUCGUCUACUUGCCGUUGCUUGUAGCGGUGCUGUUCGUACGGCAAUUGAAGGUGUGGUAUGAAGGUUUGCUCUCAUCGACACCGGACAAGCCGUGGCCCCUGAGGAGGAGAAACAUCACCUGCCGAUCGAGGAGCAUGGGUUCUACGCCCGUGAAGUUCCUUUACGAGUAUCCGGCUAUCCUGGACGCUGCAAUGUCAGAGGACGGAAACUCGGAGUACGAUCUCAACGCCUCUUCCGACGAAGAUUCCGACCAGGACUUCGGCGAGGACGAGGCUGACGAGUUCGACGGAGACACCAGCGAAAGCGGAUCCGAAUCCAGUGCAGCAGACGGUAGCAUCGCGGGCGAGAUUCUGAUCAACGACUACUGGAAUCCGGAUGAAUACGAUGCUAUUGAUCUGGACCAGGUCAAGAAAUCAGAUCCCGUCGAUGCGGACGACGUCGCUCGAUUUCAGGAACGUGUGAGGGACGGCGUGGACGCUGGAGAGGGAGAGUUCGUGGCGAAACCUUCGUUUGAAUUCCUGGCAAUAGUGAUCACCAUGGGCAUGCGGUCUGACAUGCACAGCGGAACGAGCUCUGCGCCGGAGAGAGAGAGAGGUUGCAGAUCACAUCGGUCCACAUUCAGGAGAGGUCGGUAUGGCGCGGCAGUCGGCUCGAUUGUCACGCAACGGCCAGCAACCACUGUCUAG